CUCGUCCCGUCCCGUCUCGCCUCCUCCGCAAGUGACGUCGACGCCUCAUCUCCCCUCCCUCUUUUUCCCCGCAGCGAUACGGCAUUCGUGACCUCCCGAUUGUUGCCAACCCCCCUCGCCUUCCGAUUGCUGCCACCCCCGCGCCUCGCCGCUUGCCCGUCUCCUGUUCGUCCCUCGGGAGCGGGAGGCUAGGGCCGACAGCAGCGUUCGCGCCGGCGCGGGAUUGGGUUCUUUGUUCUUGUCAGUGCUGUGUUUGCUCGCAAGGGUCAUCGUGAGAAUGGACCAGAUUUACAUGGCUGCUGUCAAUAACAAGACUUCAUUGCCUGAUGAUGAGCCAAUGAAGAAAAUUAGUGGAGAUAUGCCUGUGACUGCUGGAAACGCUUGCUUUGACUGCAACAUUUGCCUUGAUUUUGCAGCAGAGCCGGUGGUUACUCUUUGUGGUCAUCUCUACUGCUGGCCUUGCAUCUAUGAGUGGCUAUGUCCAGGGGUUGGAUCGACUGCCAGUAACAACAGCAGUUUGGCAAGGCGACAGUGCCCUGUGUGUAAGGCUACACUCUCCCCAGACAUGCUGGUGCCAUUGUAUGGUCGUGGGGGGAGUCUGAAGAAAUCACUGAAUGGUGUGCCCAUUCCACGACGACCAACCGUGCAGCGGGAGGCGGUUGAGCAUCAAAACACACACAAUAACAUCGAUGAUCGGCACCAUGAGAACAUGGAACCCAGCCCUCCACCACAACCGCUGCGGCAUUCGAGCCAUCAUUCCAGUGCAACUGAAUUUGAUUUUAUUUACCCGCCAUCACCAAUUGGGCGUGGCUUGAUCCACUCGACGGCUGGUGGUGUGCUUGGGGGGAUGGCAGUGGCGGUGCUACCAUGGGCAUUCCGUGGCCAGGUGCCACCGAGCAUGUUCAUGAGUCCCCACUAUGUCACGGCACACAAUAUGAGCUCUAGAGCGAGGAGACAUCAGAUGGAAGUUGAGAGGUCACUGCAUCAGAUCUGGUUCUUCCUCUUCGUUUUUGUGGUGCUGUGCCUGCUCUUGUUCUGAAGCAAGAUGGUGGUGUAUUCCUUUUGUAAAUACGGGAAGGCAAGACACUAAUGGGUGGAUGCAUAUGGUAAAAGAGGGUGGUUAACACUGUUGGUCUGUAUCGAUAAGCAUGUGCCUAAAGCAUGCUGAUAUAGAGAUGUAAUGUGACAAGACUUAAGGUGAAAUGCACAUUUCAUUCUUCUCUUGUCCUAAGAUCAGGAACUGUGUGCCUCGUCCAAA